AAUAUUGAUGAUCUAAUUGCAAAGAAAAGAGUGGAAACUGAAGAGAAGAAAAAAGAUAAAAACCGAAAGAAAGAUAUAGAAGCCGGAAAAGAAGCGUCAGUAGCGAAUGAUGAUGAAAAUGAAAUCAUUGCCGCAUCGGAUGACGAUGAUGAUGAUGAGUUAGCCUUUGAUGGAUUUGGUGGUGGAGCCGAGAGAGUUGAGGAUGAUGAAGACACAGAGGAUACUGAAAGUGAUAGCGAAGAGGACUCCAGCGAUGAGGAAGAUGUAGAAAAUAUGGACCAUGAUACUGAAGAAGAGGAAGAGGAAAGUGAAACUGAAAUCAAGCGUAAAAAAGAAUACUUUGCUGAUGAAUCAGAGAAUACAACACAAGAACACGAAUCUUUCACGUCGAUGAAUCUUUCUCGUCCCAUUUUGAAAGGUCUUUCCAACGUUGGUUUUGUAAAGCCGACCGAAAUUCAAUCCCGUACAAUUCCUGUAGCUUUGAUGGGUAAAGAUAUCUGUGGUGGCGCUGUCACAGGUUCCGGUAAAACAGCCGCUUUUGUCAUUCCCAUCUUAGAACGUCUCUUAUAUCGUCCUCGACAAACUCCUACGACUCGUGUGCUGAUUCUUUGCCCCACUCGUGAAUUAGCUGCUCAAGUGCAUAGUGUGGCGGUGAAGUUAGCCAACUUUACUGAUAUAACAUUUUGUCUUUGUGUUGGUGGCUUGAGUGUCAAAACACAAGAACAAGAACUAAAGUUGAAACCAGAUGUAGUGGUCGCCACGCCAGGUCGUUUGAUUGAUCAUGUUAGAAACUCUGCAGGCUUUCACCUUGAUGCUUGUGAAAUUCUAGUUAUGGAUGAGGCAGAUCGUAUGUUGGAAGAUGGUUUUGCUGACGAAUUGGAUGAAAUCAUCAAAUCAUGUCCUCGUUCUAGACAAACUAUGCUUUUCUCAGCCACAAUGACAGACAACGUAGAUAAACUUAUUCGAAUGUCUCUGAAAAACCCUGUUCGUCUUUUCGUAGACCGUAGCAAUCAAGCAGCUUCUCGACUGAUUCAAGAAUUUGUGCGUAUUCGUCAAAACAAAGAAGCAGAUAGAUCGGCAGUUCUUUUGGCUCUUUGCAAAAAGACAUUCAAAAAGAAAGUGAUUGUUUUCUUUAGAUCGAAAGCCGCCGCUCAUCAAAUGAAAAUUUUGUUCGGGUUAUUGGGAUUGUCAGCAGCUGAACUACACGGUAAUUUAACACAGGAGCAACGUUUAGAAGCAUUAGAAAAAUUUAGAGACAACGAAGUGGACUUUUUGUUGGCUACCGAUCUUGCUGCUAGAGGUUUGGAUAUCAAAGGUAUAGAAACUGUUAUCAACUACAACAUGCCUACGCAGUUUGCGCAAUACCUUCAUCGUGUUGGUCGUACAGCAAGAGCUGGCCGUAAUGGUCGAUCAGUAACGUUAGUCGGUGAGAGUGAUCGUAAAAUGCUCAAAAUGGCCAUUAAAUCGGCAGCAGCAGGUUCACAGAUAAAGCAACGCGCUGUUAAUCAUGAGGUUGUACAAAGAUAUAAGACUAGAGUAGAAAAACUAGGCGCACAGAUCAAAGAAAUUCUUGCUGAAGAGAAGGAAGAAAAGGCUUUACGAAAUGCAGAAAUGCAAUUAAAGAAGAGUGAGAAUAUGAUUUUGCACGGUGAUGAAAUCUAUUCUAGACCUGCUAGAACAUGGUUCCAAACUGAAGCAGAAAAGAAGAAAGCGAAGAAGUCUGGAAAACCCGAAGUUCAGGUCGCUGAAGCAACAGCAGAGAAAAAUAAGAAGGAAAAGCGUGGUAAAUAUGAUGGUAUGAGCCGUAAGAAGAGAAGACGUUUGCAAGCAAUGGAAGAAGAUGAUGACGCAGCUGUCGAUAUUAAAAAGCAAAAGGUUGCCGCAAGAGCAGUGAAAAAAUCUUCACGACCAACGAAAAUAAAGAAAAUGAGAAACUAA